AUGGAUUCACAUAUGGCCAAUCCUGUCUGGCAAGAACAUGAAUGUGAACGACUCAUCAAAUAUGGGAAGAAACUUGUGAAACGUCCGGGUGGAGGGAUGAUAACACGUAAUCAACUCAGUGCUAUAAGAUUAAAUAAAUUGAUGUCGGAGAUGGUCGAAGGUCCGAAUGGAGUGAUGAUAACACGUAAUCAACGUAAUGCUAUAAGAUUAAAUGAAUUGAUGUCAGAGAUGAUCGAAGGUCCGGAUGGAACGGUGAUAACACGUAAUCAACUCAAUGGUAAAAGAUUAAAUAAAUUGAUGUCAGAAAUGAUCGAAGAUCCUGGUGGAGAGAUGGUGAAACGUCGAACAAUAGCAGGUAAGACAUGUUACUGA